GUUUGGCCCCAGUUCAGGUUUCCGAGACCAACAUCUUCUCUCUCCGUCGUCUUCUCCAAUUCUCUCCAGCCCCUAUACUGCACCCUUUCCAGACUUGACAGUGAGAGCACAAUCAAUCACGAUGUUCAAAAGCAUCUUGCCGUCGAGGAAGCUCUCGGAUACGGACUUCCUCAUGGUGACUGCGCAGGCGGACAGUCACAAGGAAAACUAUCCUGCGUCACCGAUGAACACUACAAGGGCAAAACUCAAGAAAUCAAAAGACAAAGACUCCCCAGUGGCGAUGGACCUGGUACAGACGGAGGAGGCGUUCGACCAGCUCCUGAAUGAGCUACAAGUUCCCGAGGUUUUGCGACCAAAGCUCGCGAGGAUAGAAUCAGGAGUCAAGGCAGCUAUGCUUAAGUCGUCGCAGACCAUCUCCAAGGGCAGCCCACCACUGCAGCCCCCGCAGGCACCUCACACCCUCCGUAAAUCGCAAAGCGCGCAAUCCAUCUCCACCAUGACCACACCGCUCCUACCGGAGCACGCACAGCCCACUUCUCCCAAGAGCACGACUCGGGGCAAGUCCGUUGACGUACCACGCACUCCCAAGCCGGAACAACAGAAGACAGCGAAAGAGAAGGGCAAGAAGGAUAAAGGCAGGGAGACUGCGGUGUCUCCACGGCGGUACUGCAACCUGCUCCAGUCUGCGUCGAGUCUGCAGCUGGACAUUGAGGUGGUUAAGAAGUUACGACUCAUGUUGCGUAAUGAGUCCGCCAGCUGGACAGAAGAGUUUGUCUGGACGGGUGGCUAUAACGCCUUGCUUCUCCGCCUGCAAGAGAUUCUUGACGUCGAAUGGCGAGAAGAGCAGCACGAUGAUCAGAUCCUACACGAACUGCUGCGGUGCGUCAAGGCCCUCUCAACAUCCGCCAUCGGCUGUGUCGCCCUCCGUAGCUGCUGCCCCACACCCUUCCAACCACUCAUCACCUUACUCUACUCAGAUAAGCGGCCAGGCGAAGUCGGCACAAAACAACUCAUCGUUGGGCUCCUGCUGAUCCUCUUCGACCUGUACCCGCCAUCGUCGCUCCCAUCGACAGGCGGCGUUCCAACGAACACGAAUGGCACCACACGCACCCAUGGCCGCUCGCUCUCCGUGCCUUGGGAGGUCAUGCCCGGCCCCAGCUCGCUCGUAACGCUGCCCGCGCCACAUGCGACGACGUUCUCGCUCGUGCGCUCCCUGCUGCUCACGCCCGCUCCACCGCCCGCUGAGGACCCGCGCGUGCCGAUCUCGCCUCAUCCAUUCAUCGAGGAGUUGCAUACGCCGCGCAUAUACAAGACUUACCUCCAGGAGCUGAACGACAUCUGCCGCGACUACUUCUGGGUGUUCUGCCACCCGAACAAUACCAUCUGGAACCUCGACGAGACGGACGAGGACAAGGUCGAGAAGCCCCGCGCGCCUGGCGGGAUGACUGGUGGUGUCGAGUUUGAGGCGAUGUCUUAUAUGACGCUACACUUCAAGUUCGUCAAUGCGGUCGCGGCAUCUGCAGAGCAGGUGAACGUCCCGCGCGAACAUGAGCUCUCUGCGUACCGCCUGCACUGUGAUCUGUUUCUGUCUGGCAUUGACCGCGUCAUCCUCGUUGCGCGCAAGGCGUCCACAACGUACUACCCGACGCUGCACCUGGAGAUUGCACGGUACAUCGCUGCGGCAACGCGCUCAGGAUACGAGAUUCCGUAUAGCGUUUUCCGCAUCGUCGGCCUGCCGCCACAGGCGAUGUGCAAGCCCGCGAGUCGGGCCCAGACUGCGCGCGAGGGCAGUGCGCGGCGGCUGCCGCUCCCGCACAGGCGCAGCCAGAGCGUGGCGUCGUCGCCUCAGCUUCCCGUACCACGCAGGGUGACACCGAUGUUCAACUCGUAGACGAUGCGACACUGGUGGCGUGCGGCGGACGAACAGUGACGAAGAUUGACGACUGGGUAACGAAGUGUUCACGAAGGUGAGACGAAAGGGAGACGAAGGAAUUUGAUGAUGAGCGGACUGCUACGUACGCUGCGCUCUGCGUUUGCUGUAUUGGAUAGAUCUGUACUCUCUGUGCUCUCCCUUAUACUGUGCACUUAUAUGCUGUUCAUAUACAAUCACUGUUAUGCUUGAGCGCGGAUUUGGUAUGCG